GCAAUUGUAAAGCCACCUCAGACUGGGCGCUAUGCUUGGGCUCGAACCCUGUCCUAGCCAGUGGAAAGGCGAAAGGGAUGUUCGAAAUACGCGCGUGGUGAAAAAGAGGAUAAACAACGCUUGAGCUUUUAUAUGUGUGAAUGUUUUGUGCGAAUCUUAAUGCGUUGGCUGUAGCGUGAUAGGCACGCGGAACAUAAAUAAGCCGGCGUAACUGUGCCAAGUUGACCUAAGUGGCGCCAAGGAACUGGACGGACACAGUGCUUUAACUGAAAAGAAUAGAAAAAAAUAAAAUAAAAGUGAAUUAGGUGAAACGCGAAGAGGCUGCAGUAAAUAUCCGGACCCGGCGCAAGCCGCACGUUUAUAACUGCUGGCAUAUGUACUACAAUAUCGAGGCUCGGUUAUCUUGUGCAACUACUAAUAAAAAUUGAAGAUCGGUUGCAUUGUGCACUGAUUGGUGGUGGUGUACAAGGUCAUUUCUGUGACAGACCGUACCUUAUGAACUCGCGCAUCUUCGUAGUACAACUAAUUGAAAUUGAAUUUAAAGAAAUAUUUUGUGAAUGUUUAAUGCGAUAACUUGAAUUUGGCUCGUUGUGUCUAAGAUAACUGAUCAAGAGCAUCACUGAAACUAUUUCAAACAUUCCAUUCUAGUAUAUGCAGGACAAUGACUUUUUGGCAUCAGCAUCGGCCACCACCUCCACUGCCUCCGAAUAACCAAGGCUUUGGAGGUAUUGCACACCCAACUUUGCCAAACCAGGGAUACCAAGCAUGGCCUACAUCACCUCAAGGUCAACCAUUGCCACCUCAAGGCCAACCAUUGCCGCCUCCAGGCUAUAUGGCACCCUGCAACAUGCCUGCACCGCCUGCACCACCACAAUUUUACCCGCCUCCCAGUGUACACAGGCCACCCCCAUUGCAGCCUGCUCUUCAGUUUCCUGAAAACAAUAACAGCAGCAUUGGUCCACCACCAUGGGUGAACAGCGUGCCAUCAACGCAACCUGUGAACACACACGCAAGUGAGAAACCACUGGAGGAAGAGUCCAAAGAUGACAUACAGCUAAAAAGUCUACCACAGUGGCUGCAGAACAAAGUUAAGCUGUAUAAAUCAAGCCUACAAACCAGUUCCAUGAAGAAGGAAAAUGCACCGAUUGCUAAAGCGAGCACACCUCCUCUGGUUGUGCUGAGGGAGGCGUUGGAGGCUCUGGAAACGUUGAAGCAACUGGAAACCUUGGCCGAUAGCCUUGUUCUUUGUGGAAAUGAUGAGCAGUGGUCUGCACUUAUGCAGCAUGUCGAAGUCCACCAGGCAAAGCUCAAGUCUCGAUGUCAGGAGCUUUCCAAGGAGGACAUUUUAUCUCGACUGCUGGCUUCAGUUGAGCGGAGACGAAAGAAAAGGGAGCGGUUGAAGAGACGGCGUGUACGACGAGAACAAGAGGCUCAAGAGUAUGACAAACAUGUGGCCAUGAUAGAAGCCAAGAUCAAUGCACGCCGUCAACGAAUACUAGAGAAAGCAAAUCAGGAAAGACAGGAAGAAGAGAUGAAAGAGGAAGUGGACUCUAUCCUGGGAGAAAUUCGGUUUAAGAUCAGCCGCACAAGAGAGUACCUUGAGAAACUAGAAGCCAUGAAACAGCUUCGGGCUGCUCGCAAGGAAUCGUAUCAGCAAAAAGGUCUCUAUGUCGCUCCAGAAGCAGAUAGCAGCUUCGAAGAAGGCAUCUCAUCUGUGCAGAACCUCCUUGAAGGCCAACUUGCAGAUUAUCUGAAAGAGGAAACUGCACUCAAAGUCAUGCUUGAAACAGAACAGAAGGAACAAUAUGAGAGCAACAAGCUUGCAAACAAACAGGCGGCUGUGCUCAAGGGUUUGUUUGGAAGCACAGAAGUGGACCCUGAAGUGCUCCCAUUCAAUAAACUAUACACAUCUUCAAGUGAAAACCUCGAUUCAUUGGCGUGGGUCAGAAAUGGCUGGGACAGGUUUCUUGUGCCUCCAGAUCAUCCAGCGGGUUCCUCGGUGCCUGUACAGUGGGUGGUGCCUCAGGAGCCCUCGUCCCACUCAUGGGCUAUGUACUGUGCAUCCUAGCUAUGCCACUCUAGAUUCAAAUGUCUGUUAAAUAAAUGAACUUCUGAUAA